UAUUUCAUUUUUUUAUCUAUUUUGAAGUUUAACAGACUUCUUGAAAAUAAAUUUUAUAACAUUUAGUGUUAUUAAUAAUAUAUAUAUUACAUUAUUAUGCUUUUAAAGUUAAUAAAAUAUUAAACCUAACUAUACCUUUGAAAUUAUCUGAGUAUUUUUUUUUUUGAAAAGCCAUUAGCUAUUCUUGUUUAUACUAACAAAUUUAAUUAAAUUUGAAAUUUAAUUUUAUCACUAUGGCAUUGUGUGUGGCUGUCGUGAGUAAAGAAAAUGCUCCUAAAUAUGUGGCUUCAUUAAAUCCAGAUGAUGAAUUAGAAAUUCAAUAUGAAAUACAUUCGUCAAUAGAUUUUGUGGAAGAAAAAUUAAAAACUGGUAAAAAAGAUAUGCGGGAGUUAUACUUGGGAUUGUUAUAUUCUACUGAAAAUCACAAAAUUUAUGGAUAUGUAACAAACACUAAAGUCAAAUUUUUUGUUGUUAUUGAUGCAAGUAAUCUAACACUUAGAGAUAAUGAAAUAAGAUUUAUGUUUAGAAAAUUGCAUACUGCAUACACAGAUUUAAUGUGUAACCCAUUUUAUAUUCCUGGUGAAUAUAUUACUUCAGAAAAUUUUGACAAGAUAGCAAAAGGAAUAUUAAUGGGUAAAACAUGAAUUUUCUUUCCAACCUUAAAAUGUACUUAUACUUAAUACCAUGUUAUCUUAUAUUAAUAUAUUCUCUUAUUGUUAUUUAUAUUAUAUUUAAAUUAUAUUAAUAUAAAGUAUAAAUAUAAUUGUUUUAAAUAAAUCAGAUAUUUAAUGUGGCAUGAAAUAUAACUACCUACUGUUAAAUUCAAAAUUUAAUUAAUUUGUUUGUUCCCCAGUUAUUUUACUACAAUUUUAUUAUUAAAAUAUAUUCACUUAUAAUUGUAUACUUACUACACUUAUUUCUUAUAUUUUAGUUCUAAUAUUCUCUAAUUGACAAUCAUUUGCCGGAACAUUUGGUGGGAUAAGGGCUAAAAUUAAGAUUUAAUUACAAAAGAAAUAUUUUUUUAUUUGCUUAA